AUGUCGAAUCAGAACAACUCAAAUUUAAAUACUCCAAGCCAGGGAAACUCGACUAAUGUUUCCAGACAUGCAUCCAUCGUAGAGAUGUUGUCCACUCCACCUUUGGUUCAACCUGUAGCCACUGGAGGAUCCUCUAAUAUGACAGGUUCUAAUGUUGGUGCGCCAGCAAUUAAUUUCCAGAAUUAUUCAAUGGGUGGUGUCGAUGAACAAGUCGUUGAAGAAGAUGAUGAAACUGCGGCAGUUGAAGCUGUAACGUUAGAAAAGACAACUUCUCAAAAGACUUCUCAAACUAUUACGACAGAACAUAAUCAACAAUGGCAAUAUAUUAAAUUAUCUCAAUUAAUUGAACCAAAAAAAUUGAUUUUUAUUCCAGCUUCUGCAUCUGUUGAAGAAAGUUUUAAUACAUUAGUUAAACAUCAUUUAAAUUCUAUCCCUGUUGAAACAAUCCCAGGUGAUAUGAAUUGUUUAACUUUUGAUUAUAAUGAUUUGAAUUCAUAUUUAUUACUCGUAUUGAAUAAAAUUACUAUUGAAAAUAAACAAAUUAUGGAUGAUUGUCAAAAUGGUAAACCUGUUCCAGUUGGUGAAAUUGUUAAAUUAACACCAAAGAAUCCAUUUAUUAAAAUUGCAGAAGAUGAAACUUUAUCUGCUGUAAUGGGUAUAUUAGGUUCAGGGGUUCAUCGUGUUGCUAUUACUAAUAAUGAAAUGACGAAAGUUAAAGGUAUCUUAUCUCAACGUCGUUUAAUUAAAUAUCUUUGGGAUAAUGCAAGAAAAUUCCGUAACUUAGAAUCUUUAUUCAAUUAUACUUUACAAGAUUUAAAAAUUGGUGUAUUAAAUUCAAAUGCAAAACCAACUUCAAGACAAUCUCGUGUUAUUUCAAUUAAUGGUGAAGAACCUUUAAUUAUGGGUCUAUAUAAGAUGUUUAUGGAAAGAAUCUCAUCUAUUGCAGUCGUUGAUAAUCAAUAUAAUUUGAUUGGUAAUAUUAGUGUUACAGAUGUGAAACAUGUUACAAGAACAUCACAAUAUCCAUUAUUACACAAGACUUGCCGUCAUUUUAUUUCAAUUAUCUUAAAUUCAAGAGGUUUAGAGACAGGUAAAGAUUCAUUCCCAAUUUUCCAUGUUUAUCCAAACUCUUCUUUAGCAAGAACUUUAGCAAAAUUAGUAGCAACAAGAUCUCAUAGAUUAUGGAUUGUUCAACCACCAGAAUCAGUCCAAAACUCUAAUAUUGGAGCUUCUUCUUCAUCAUCAUCUCAAGAAUCCCAAUCUCAACAACAACAGGGUGGAUCUCAAACUGGAGAUAACUCUGGUCCACAAUCACAUCAUAUACCACACGGUCAUUCUCAUUCUCAUUCUCAUCCUCAUUCACAUGGACCAAAUACUAAUAAAUCACCUUCACCACUAUUGACAGCAGUUGAUGAUCCAAUCGCACCAACAAUUCCACAAUCAGGUGUAGCAGCCUCUGCUGCUGCUGCUGCUACUUCCACACCUAACUUGUUCGAGAAAGAGUACCGUACAGGUAAGCUUAUCGGCGUUGUAUCAUUAACUGACAUCAUCAGUCUAUUCGCAAGAAGACAAACUGAAUUCACACAAGUAGAUCCACAAACUGCAAGAAGACAAAGAGGUAGUAUUGUAUAA